AUGCACCUCCUUUCACUUUACACCGCACUCUCCCUCUACAUCUUUCCUCUUUGCUCAGCUCAAGUUGCCGCCGUGGAGAAAGUAUGGGCGGCUUUCGUCUUCACAACCUAUGGUGAUUCGACUCCCCGUGUGCUGCCGUACACUCCAACAUUGACCACACUAGGGGCUCGACAACUGGUAGAGGUAGGCUCAGCCGUCCGACUUCGGUAUCCACCCGGGACGAUACUAGGCAACAUUUCGCUCUUCUCGAUGGUGUCGGAUGAGUUCUUUAUUCUCUCUAGGCCGGACCAUCCCAUGGCUGCUUCAGCUCAGGCAUUCAUGCAAGGAUUCUUUCCUCCUACGUCUGGUUCAUCAAACAACACCGAGAUUCCGGCACUAGCAAACGUGGUGAAUGGCAAGUGCCGGAUUCUAUGCUAG